AUUUGAUAAACGGACGAAAAUGAGUUUUGCCAGUUACAUACUACGGCACUCCAGCUAAAAACUUAAACAUGAAAAAGUUAAAAUAAACAAAAAAGAAAAUAAAAUAAAAUAAAAGAAAAAGGAAAAAGAAAGGAAAAACAUGAAAAUGGAAUAGAAAUAUAGGAAAGUAACAUUUUGCAGCAGUAGAGUAAAAUUCAACCAUGGCGAUGCAGACGGGCGUAGCUGCUUCUAAGGUCCUCAUCCUCGUCGGCGCAGGUGUUACUGGAUCAGUCAUCUUGAGGAGUGGACAUUUGUCUGAUUUGAUUUCCCAUCUUCAGGAGUUGAUAACUAAGAUAAAUGAAGCUGAAACAUCACCUGGAAAAUAUGAUGCCUCUCUUCUCGCUGCUCAGGUUCGACAAUUGGCUAAAGAGAUCAAGGAGUUGAGUUUAUCCAAUCCAGUUACCAUCUUUAAUGGGAAUUCAUCAUCCUCUGGAAGUUAUGCUUCAUAUAUACUUCCUGCAGCAGCGGUAGGUGCCAUGGGGUACUGUUACAUGUGGUGGAAGGGAUGGUCAUUCUCUGAUAUAAUGUUUGUUACCAAGCAUAAUAUGGCAAGUGCUGUUGCAUCUGUGUCAAAGCAGUUAGAUAAUGUUACUGAAGCAGUGGCUUCAACAAAGAGGCAUUUAACAAAGAGACUGGAAAACCUAGACGUGAAAGUAGAUGAGCAGAAGGAAAUUUCCAAACUUAUCGUCAAUGAUGUUACCAAUGUGAGAUCCAAUCUUAACCAGAUAGGGUGUGACCUUGGUUCGAUUCAUGAGAUGGUAUCUGGCUUGGAAGGAAAAAUUGAGCUACUUGAAAGCAAGCAGGAUUUGACGAAUUCGGCUGUGUGGUAUCUUUGCCAAGUGGCUGAUAAUAUUAAAGAUGGCCAGAGUUCUAAAGUCUUCCAGGAUGUUGAAGCAAAGCUAAUUGAAAAUAAAACUAUAACUCCAGAGAGCGAGCGCACAAAGGGGCUUCAGUUCAUCAUAGGAAAUGACGAAUCAAAUUUGCUUCAGAAAACAUCAGUAGUUGAUGAUGGAAAAGAUGCUGCAGAUACUGCUGCCAAAAAGAUGGUUCAUUCUACGACAAUGAGAAUUCAUCGGUCUUAUCCUGUUGGUCUAUCGUUUGCUCGAGAUUUUGUGAGCUAAGCACACCUCCUCUUUCAGACAAUAUUUCCCCAUGUGCUGGUCUCAAAUCGAUUUUCUGAUGACUUCCCUUGUGCUAGUGGACGUUUGUAUUGUAUUUUUCGGCUAAUGCUUCAGCUGGGAUAACGCCACUUGUUUGUGCGUUUCAUUCUUUAGAAUUUGCUUGUGAAUAUGUAUUAUGGGUAAUAUCAAGACAAUUAGUAAAUAGAAGAUUUUACACAGUCGUUCCCUCAAAACACUAGCGUUGAAUGAUGAAUCGUCGCAGUAAAACAUGAAGACAUGAGCAGAAGGUUGAAUUUGCUGGUGAUUGCUACUGCGAAAUUUAUAUCAUUUGGCUUGAAGAAUUUCA